CCCCUCUCAUGCUUUCUCUACCUACGUUCCAAUGAUAAUAUUUUUUGGAAUUUAACAUCCUUUCUUGAAACACUGUGGUUUUUUUUUUUGUCUCUUUGACUUUCUAGAGGUAGCGUUUCAGCCACGUCAGCUUUUAUUGUAAUUCCGUCGGACCUGACCCCAAACCUUCAUCACCAACUGGAUUGUCUAGACCAAAAAGAUCGUUUUACCUUCGUCCGGUUCUUCUUCCAGCUAUCUUCCUGACUCGAGCAGUUUGUUGUGGUUUAUUACAUAGCAGCCCAGGCAGCAGCAGAUUUCACAUCAUUCAAGGGGCGGACCAGAUAACAAAAGGACGGAGACUGCCAUCAAACAAAUAACCACCUUGAAGCUGAGUGCCGCUUUACGCAUUCACCGACCCGCUGUUUCGGUGAAGAGUCGAAUUGCCAGAAUCCAACCUGUCAAGGUCCGGUCCAAAAUCAGACUGGAUCGUAAACUGGAAGCAGCAUAAAUUCUCCCCGACUAAAUCGCCCAUCCUCUCCCUCCUUGCAGCAUCAACGACACAACACCAAAGCGACCAUCAAGCAACAGUCGAUAAAUCCAUCAAAGCAACCAACAAACUACCUCUACCUACCUAGGUAAUCCAGACCCCUCAUUAUCACAUAAUCCAGGGCACCAAAGGAGUACCAACCAUGUUCCGCCAAAACCCAAACCUAAUCCAACCCCCCCUCACCCCGCUCUCCACCUCCCGCCCUCCCCUCUUCCUCAUCCACGACGGCGGCGGCACCAUCUUCUCCUACUACUGCCUCUCCGACCUGCACCGCCCCGUCUACGGCAUCUUCAACCCAUGCUACUCUACCAAAUCCACAUUCGAGGGCGGCAUCCCCGAGAUGGCCAAGACCUAUCUAGAUUUCAUCAUCGAGACAUUAUUUGGAGACGAUCAAUGUGACGGAAAAGUCAGUUCUCCUCCUCCAAAAAGGGAUGAUGCAGGAAAAGCAGAGCUUAGUACCUCUAGAGAGCGGGACCUGAUUCUAGGCGGGUGGUCACUUGGCGGCAUGGUUUCCUUGGAAGUAGCCAGGCAGGUUUUGGAUUUCAACGCUGCAGAGGUUGCUCAAGCUGCUGCCAAAAAUACAGGAAAGAACAACAACAACAACGGCAACUUGAAACCAAGGAAGUUGAAUGUCCUGGGAAUCGUCAUGAUCGACAGCAUGAACCCGCACCAGGCCUCCUUCCCACCAAAUGUCAAGAUUGCCAACCCGAAUGCUACCAAGAUGCAGUGGGGCCCGCAUACCAAGCCGGAAACCAAGGAGGCGGUGCUCAGGUGCUUCCAUGAGGCGAGACGCAUGUUGGCGUUCUGGGAACUGCCGAGUUGGCCAUCAGUGGCUGCUGCUGCUACUGCUGCUGCUGAUGGGGAUGGUACUACUAGGACUGGUCCAAUGGGACCACCGCCUGUGGUGCUGUUGAAGGCCAAGGAAAAUGUCCCGCUGCAAGAGCCGCAGGAGGAUGAAGAAGAGGUGUCGAGAACGGAUGUGCAUAGGGGUGAUGGACAGUUGGGGUGGGGGAAGUAUCAUGAGGGCAUGGUGAGGAAGGUUAUUGAAGUGGAAGGACAUCAUUUCAAUUUGUUUACGGAGGAGAGGAGAGCGGAGCAGGUGACGAAGGGGGUGAGGGAGGGGUGUGAGAUUUUGGAGAGGUUGUGGAAGCAAGGGAAGACGUGAUGGGGCAGGAUGAUGACAUGGAUUACACGGGACAGUUGAUGCUGCUACGAUGGACAGGAUUUGGGGGAUCAUGGAGUGCGGACAACUGUCAUGGAGGAGAGCAGCCUUGAAGGAGGAGAGCGUGAAGAGGAAGACGGAAGACCAUGAGGGCACGAGGAAAUGGCGCAAGGAAGGAGGGGUGUGUUGAGAGGUGCCAGAGAGAAGACGUGAGACGGUUCAAAGGGCUGAUCUGAAUGGAGCAUAACGCGAAGGUACCGCGAGGCAAAGACAGUCAGUCAAGCGGGACUUGAUGAAACAUAAGGGGCGAACUGAAGAAACCUCAAGGCCCGUAACGUGAUCGCGGAAGAUGGAACGUCAUUCAGGAGAAGGGAAUUCAAUCCGUCGGAUCUCUAGAGGUACCUACCUACCUCUAGAUGCACUGGUACAUAUAUGGCAACUGCGAGGUCGAGUUGAAGGAAGGCGGCUAGAGGUACCUACUGUAGAGAUUCGGGAAAUUCGCAACCGUCAUUAUCCUCUUUGAGCGCUGGUGCAGGACAUAUAGAUGCUCAUACAGGGCAAGCCCGAUUCUGUACAUGAAAACGCAUGCAAG